AUGGGAGAUACCGUGCAAUGGCCUAGGAAGAGCGACAAGCCAGGAGAAAAGAAAGAUCCAUCAAGGUGGUGUGAUUUCCAUUCAGAUAUUGGGCGGCACACUACUUAUGAAUGCGUGGCGCUUAGAAAGGAGGUUGCCUACUUGCUGAAGAAAGGAUAUCUCAAGGAACUCAUGGCGGACAGGUCUAAAGCCCUAGGCAGAGAAAGAGAGUCCAAUCAAGGUGGACCCUCGCCUCCUCCUCCAAUAGUCAAAACAAUCAAUUUCAUCUCCGGAGGAUCAGAAGUGUGCAGUUUGACGUACUCAGCAGCAAAGCGUCACACCAAAGAAAGUAACAUGAACAAGCCAACCAAGAAGGUGCAUGCAAAGAUAGAUAUUCCAAUCAUAUUUGAGGAAAGUGAUGCAGUGGAAGGGCACCAUGAUGGCCUAGUAAUAUUACUGCCAGUCAGAAACUACUUAAUCAAGAGGAUCCUAGUUGACAAUGGAAGUUCAGCCAACAUCAUUAUGCUCGAUACAGUAAAACAUAUGAGCAUUGACAAGAAAUACAUCAUCAACAAGUUAACAAUGCUUGUCGGAUUCAAUGGAGAAACUAAGAAGACCAUUGGAGAGAUUACAUUGCCUACCUAUGCAAAAGGGAUCAAUCUGCAAGUGAUGUUCCUAGUGAUCGAUACUCUGUCAUCCUACAACAUAAUUUUGGGCAGACCUUGGAUACAUGAAAUGAAAGCCAUCCUGUCUACAUACCAUCAAAUCAUCAAAUUUCCCACCAAAUAG